AUGACUUCAGAAACGUAUUUAAGACGUGCACGUGCUUUUCGCACUGAACUUAAUCAGUUUAAUGAAGAGAGUAAGAACGGCCAUGGGCUUUUAGACGGAAAAGAAUCCAUGGAAACUUUCCAGCCGUUCUCUAUCAACUCGGUCCACUUGCAAAAUCCGUACAAAAGUACCCAGAAAUUCGAGGACUGGAGGAAUGUUCAAAACGACGCUGUUAAACUUCGUCCAGGUUUUUUGCAAAAGACACUGGAUGGGACGUCAAUCACGAGAAAUACAGAGUCACGAAUACGGAAGGAUUAUGAGAAAGGGGAAUAUUUUACGAAGAGUAGCCACUUGCAGGCUUGUUGGAAAAACUUCAGGCAUUUGGAAUUUACGGAACAAUAUUGUGCUAAUAGCAGUCUUCAUGGGUUGAAAUACGUUGGGGACAGGAGUCUUCAUCUGCUGGAGAGGCUCUUUUGGAUACUCGCGUUCGUGUGUGCUGUCCUCACCGCCACCUACUUCAUCUGGCACCUCUACCAGAAAUUGCAGAAUUCCCCCAUAAUAAUUUCCAUAAGUCCCGAACCUGUUGCGCUGACAGAGUUUCCAUUUCCAUCAGUAACUGUUUGCAAUAUGAAUAAUGCCAACCGAGAGGAAGCUAAUCGCAUCAACAGAGGGAACGACAGUGUCGAGAAGCUUCUGCUUGAGGACAUCUGUAAUUUCCAAAAUACCUCAAUGGAUAAUGACGUGGUUGGAUCCGCUGAUUGGAGCAAUGUUCUCCGUUUUAUGCUCAAUGUCUCUCAACCCUGCGAAGAAUUGCUGCGCUAUUGCUUCUGGCAUCAAAACGUGACCGAAUGCGAUAGAAUAUUCAAUCCAAUUCUAACCGAUGAGGGUUUGUGCUGUAAUUUCAAUGCUGUGCACAAAAAAUAUUUGUUCUACAAUCCACUGGAGUGGAACGACUUGAACAUAAAAUACGACUUCGAAACGAUUGAUUGGAAGCCGGAGAGUGGCUACAACACAUCAGUAGCUCCAGACACACAGCCCUGGAGGCCCUACGGUGCUGGAAGAUAUCUGGGAUUAACGAUAGUGCUGGAUGCUAAACUUAAGCAGUAUUACUGCUCAUCAACAGCCAGUGUUGGCUUCAAACUACUUCUUCACAGUCCCAUUGAGACCCCGAAAAUCGCAGACUUCAGUCUUGCGAUAAGUCCCGGGGUCGAGACCAAUGUGAUUAUCACACCGAGGAUAUCAUCCGCCAGCUGGUCGAUUCUGUCGUUACCGAGGAAGAAGAGGAAGUGUUAUUUCACUACUGAACGAAAGCUCAAGUAUUAUCGAACUUACACUGAGAGGAAUUGUCUUCUGGAGUGUGAGGCCAAUUUCACCCAGAGUCAGUGUCAUUGUGUGCAGUAUUACAUGCCAAAAUCAGCGAAUACUCCUAUUUGUGGUAAGAAAGAUGAUAAAUGUGCGAGGGAUGCUAGACUGCUCAUGGAAAAUAAUCUUUAUGAUGAUGAAGAGGCUUUAGACAGGCUCAAUCGCUCAGAAUCGCCCAGUUGUAACUGCUGGCCAGCAUGUUUCGAGACUAACUAUGAGACCCAGAUAUCGCAGAGUAAACUGUCUAACGCGUUCAUCGUCGAUGAACUGUACCUCAAUAACACGGACCAGAAAUACUUCACGGAAAAUAUGGCUGUGGUUCACCUCUACUUCGUCGAAUCUCAAUUCCCGAAUUUAGUGAAGAGCGAGCUGUUCGGAUUUAUUGAAUUCCUAUCAAAUAUUGGAGGACUUCUCGGUCUCUUCAUGGGUUUCAGUUUUCUCUCAGUCGUGGAAAUAAUCUACUUCAUGACUUUACGACUCUGGUGUCGCAUAACCAAGGGCCCAAUGAGAAGACCCCAAAAUGCUACAUCACUGAUUAAAAUUCCGACCGAUCCAAAAAUGAUGUACCCCUUCUCGCAAUAA